CCGUCGAACGGUAGCGUACAAGAGCGUAUAUUUUAUUUAUUUGAAAAAAUAUUUUAAUAUUUUUCCUCUCUCUGCUCAUCGAUGAAAAUAAUAAUAACAAAGAUAAAAAAAUAUUUUUAUCAGAAAAAAUAUUAAAAAUAAAUUUAAAAUAAAAAAAUAUAUGAAUAAAAAUUUACGGAUAAAAUAAAAAUUAAAUAAAAAAAUUAAUUUUAAAAAAUUAGAAAAUAAAAAAUUUAAUUAAAAAAAAAUAAUUAUAAACAAAAAAGUGACAAAUAUUUAAAAAAAAAAUAUUUUCUGUGAAAGAAAAUUAAUUUAAAAUAAAAAUAUUUGUGCGAAAAAAAAAUAAAAACUAAAAAAAAAUCCGCGAGUGCGAGAGAAAAAUAAAUUUCGUGACUCUGUGUCGUUUUCCGGUUUAAAAUUUUCCUUGACAGCGUAGGCCCCGAUAGUGGGGCCAAAGGCGGCAACAUUAUCACACACAAUUCGCUAAGUGUGUACGGAGGCGGUGUACUAUGCCCGUCUCCGUCAACCGCAACGGGAUUCUUCAAUCCGCGCAAUCCCCAAGCCACCGAUAUGGGCAUCGAGCUCGGAUUUCCGCGUUCCAUGGCUCUUGUGCCCCCUCCGCAUGCCCCUCACAGUGCCUGGCGCGAUCCAAAUAUGAAUAGUCAUCUGCCCGUUGCGAGCUCGGAUGCCGAUAUUACGACACUGGGCGCUCCCUCGUCGACGCUUGCGACAAGCGGCUUGCCGCAGCAACAGCAAGACUGCAAAAAUAUCAUGCCGUUGCAACAAAGCCUCACGCCAGCGUCGCAAGUGAAUAGCAGUAGCCAAAGCAACGGAUCGGCAAAUGGGCAGAGUGUGGAUAACAAAAAUCAAAAUAUCGAGUGUGUAGUUUGCGGUGACAAAAGCUCCGGAAAACAUUAUGGACAAUUCACGUGUGAAGGAUGCAAAUCGUUUUUCAAGCGUUCCGUACGAAGAAAUCUCACAUACUCGUGUCGGGGGAGUCGCAAUUGCCCCAUUGACCAACAUCAUCGAAACCAAUGCCAAUAUUGUCGUCUACGAAAGUGCAUUAAAAGUGGAAUGCGACGAGAAGCUCUUCGAGGGCUCAAUUCUCAGCAAGCUGUGCAACGAGGACGAGUUCCUCCAUCGCAACCCGCUGGCUUGCCCGGCAUGCAUGGGCAAUAUGCGCUCGCGAAUGGCGAUUUCGCCGGUUUCAACGGUCACUCAUCAUAUCUCAGUUCCUACAUUUCGUUGCUGCUUCGCGCCGAGCCGUACCAAACGUCGCGCUACGGCCAAUGCAUGCAAUCCAACAACAUCAUGGGCAUCGAUAACAUUUGUGAAUUAGCGGCUCGUUUGCUGUUCAGCGCCGUGGAAUGGGCACGUAACAUUCCCUUCUUUCCCGAAUUGCAAGUAACGGAUCAAGUUGCGCUCCUGCGUCUCGUGUGGUCUGAACUUUUCGUGCUAAAUGCGGCGCAAUGCUCAAUGCCGCUCCACGUAGCGCCUCUUCUCGCUGCGGCGGGCCUUCACGCUUCGCCGAUGGCGGCAGAUCGCGUUGUCGCAUUUAUGGAUCACAUCCGGAUUUUCCAAGAGCAAGUCGAAAAGCUCAAAGCGCUGCAUGUCGACUCGGCGGAAUAUUCGUGUCUCAAAGCAAUCGUUCUCUUUACCACAGAUGCUUGUGGCUUGUCUGACUUGGCGCACAUUGAGUCGCUGCAGGAAAAAUCGCAAUGCGCCCUCGAGGAAUACUGCAGAGCGCAAAACCCGAACCAGCCAACGCGUUUCGGCAAGUUACUUUUGCGACUUCCGUCACUGCGAACCGUCUCAUCACAGGUAUGGAUUGUGAUCGAGCAACUUUUCUUCGUGCGGCUUGUGGGAAAAACGCCAAUUGAGACGCUAAUUCGCGACAUGCUGUUAUCGGGCAGCAGCUUCUCGUGGCCCUAUUUGCCAUCGAUGUGACAUACAGUAUGGCGUCAGUUAGCAACCACUUGAUCCUCACUUCUGGGGUCGUCUUUGACUCCCUACUACUCGAGCUGUUACAGUGCUUCUUCUCUCCUGAACAACAACAACAAUAAUAAUAAUUUCAUCAAUAAUAAUACGACAACCAGUUCUGAGAACAACAAUAGCAAUAGCAGUUCCCUGAUGCUGGAAUCGCAAAAUACGGAACUUUUGGGCGCGACAAACACUUUGGGACAACUUGGGACGAAUACGAAUAACAGCAGUAAUGCCGACAAUGAAAUAUCAUGUGCUGAUGACGUCAAAUAAAUCAAAUUUUUUACUUGGUAUGUCUUUCCAAACCUAAAAAAAAAAUUAAAAAUAAUGAAUUUUAUAAAAAUAAUCAAAAAUUUUUUGAACAUAUCCUUGUUUGUUUGUUCUCUCAUAUUAAAAAAAAAUUUUUUUAAAAUAUGAGAAUUGUAAAAAAAUUAAAAAAAAUUAUCAAACGUACUAAAAAUAGUGUCAAAAUUAUCAAUUUUUGUAAAUAAAUAAGAAAAAAAAACCGUCAGAUUAAUAGUCAGCCAACCCAUUUUUUCCCGCUCACAUGAAGAUUAUCUUUCUUAUACUACAUAAUAUUAUUUAUUACACACAUCUAUAUAAUUUACUGAUAACAAAAUUUCUUGGAAUUUAUAUUUUAACUGAUUAAAAUCUUUCUUUUCUAUAUGUUUAUUAAACAUCUUUUUAUAAGAAAAAAUUAUUAAAUUUAAA